ACAGCAGUCUAGCUAAAGAUCAGGAGAAUCUUUCGUAAAGUGGCAUCCUGUUGACGAUCGUGCUAAAGUUGCGGCAACAAUUAUCUCCAUUUCCAUCCAUCCCUCGUGCGACUCUAUAUAGCAUCCGCUCCAUUCCUGAGCUUCACGAACCACGGCGAGAAGCCUUGUCGAUCAGUUGUUCAUAGCAGCCACGACGACGAACACCGGCCUUACUUGGCGGCGCACACUGCACCAUGGGCAUCCUGAACCACCUCUCCCACCUCUGCAGCUUCACGGAGACGAAGGAGGCCCUCAAGCUCCGGAAGAAGCGGCCGCUCAACACGGUGAACAUCAAGGUGAAGAUGGACUGCGAGGGGUGCGAGCGGCGGGUGAAGAGCGCCGUCAAGUCGAUGCGCGGCGUGACCAGCGUGGCGGUGAACCCGAAGCAGGGGAGGUGCACGGUGACGGGGUACGUGGAGCCGGCCAACGUGCUGGCGCGGGUCAAGGGCACCGGCAAGAACGCCCAGAUGUGGCCCUACACGCCCUACAAGCUCACCUCCCACCCCUACGUCGGCGGCGUCUACGACAAGAAGGCCCCCGCCGGCUUCGUCCGCAGCGCGCCGCAGGCCAUGGCCGACCCCGCCGCGCCCGAGGUCAGGAUGAUGACCAUGUUCAGCGACGACAACGCCAACGCCUGCGCCGUCAUGUGACCCAGCACCGAUCAGCCGCCGCCCGGAGACGCCGCGCCGCGCCACCGCGCCUGCGCGCGGCGAAUCACGCGUCUUGCUGCGGGAGCAAAACACAUGAAUCAGUGGGCCUUUUAGAAAUAAAUGUUGUUAAUUAUGUAAUAUAUUUUUGUACUAAAGCUAUUUGGAGACAUAAAUGUUAUUAAUUUUUUUAUGUAAA